CUUCUCAUUAGAUGCUACUCUUGCCACCAUCCAAAGAAGGCCCUCCUUGAAAUGGCCAAGUACAAGCUGAUCCUGCUGAGGCACGGGGAAGGGGCUUGGAACAAGGAGAACCGUUUCUGCAGCUGGGUGGACCAGAAGCUGAGCGGCGACGGGGUGAAGGAGGCCCAGGCCUGCGGCAGGCACCUCAAAAACCUUGGCUUCGAGUUCGACCUCGUCUUCACGUCUGUCCUCAGCCGCUCCAUCCAGACUGCUUGGCUGGUGCUCGAGGAGAUGGGGCAGGAAUGGGUCCCCACCGAGGCUUCCUGGAGGCUGAACGAGAGGCACUACGGGGCGCUGAUCGGCCUCAACCGGGCGGAAAUGGCCCUGAACCACGGGGAAGAGCAGGUGAAGCGGUGGCGGAGGAGCUACGACGUCACCCCACCCCCCAUCACUGAGUCCCAUCCUUACUACCACGAAAUCUAUAACGACCGCAGGUAUAAGCUUUGCGACGUCCCCUUGGAGAAGCUCCCCAAGGCUGAGAGCUUAAAGGAGGUCCUGGACAGACUCCUUCCCUACUGGAACGAGAGGAUAGCGCCGGAGGUAAAGAAGGGCAAAACGGUUCUCAUCUCUGCUCACGGGAACAGUACGCGAGCUCUGCUGAAGCAUUUGGAAG